AUGUAUUUCCUCUGCAAAUAUGGCGUGCAUUGUUAAUGGUGGUAUCUUCGAAUCUUUUCAACCAUCUAAAGGAUUGAGACAAGGAGACCCUCUGUCUCCUUACCUAUUCAUCCUCUGCUUGGAAUUUCUUUCUCUUCAUAUCCAACAAGAUGUCCAGAAUGGACAUUGGAAGGUUGCCAAACUUGGGAGAUCAGGUCCGAUUAUCUCGCACCUUUUCUUUGCUGAUGAUCUUAUCUUUAUUGGGAAAGCAUCUACUGCUAAUGCAUCUCACUUGAAAAACUUGUUGAGUUUCUUUUGUUCUUGUUUUGGACAGAAUAUAAACCAAAGCAAGUCCAAAAUCCUUUUUUCAAAAAAUACUGAUGAUCUCACCAAGUUCAAUAUCUGUCAUACUCUUGGCUUUGCCGAGACUAACUCCUUUGGCAAGUAUCUUGGGAUUCCUAUUACCCCUAAAAAGGUUUCCAAGAAGGAUUGCCCUUUUAUUAUGGAUAAAGUCAAAGCCAAACUGGCAGGUUGGAAGGCUAACAUGUUUUCACUUGCUGGUAGAGCUACUCUAACCUCUUCUGUCCUUUCUACUAUCCCUAAUUAUUAUAUGCAGGCGGAAAGAAUUACUCAACCAAAAAGGAAUGGGGGUAUUGGUAUCAAAUCUGCCAAGGAGGCUAAUCAAGCCUCUAUGGCGAAGCUUCAAUGGAGGCUCGCUGCAGAUAAAGGUAAUUUGUGGGCCAGGGCUCUCAAACAAAAGUAUAAGAUUGAGGGACCUAGGCAUGAUUUUUCCAACUCCCCCUCCCUUGUCUGUAAAGAUAUGGCAAAAGGUAGUCAGAUUUUUGGCUUAGGCAUUUCUUGGAUUCCUAGAAAUGGGAAUAAUACUUAUUGUUGGCAAGACAGGUGGUGUGGGUCUAAACCACUAAAUUUUGUCCUUUAUGGUCCUUUUAAACCAACGGAUUGCCAACUGAAGGUGGCUGAUAUUUUAACUCCCCAAGGCACUUGGGAUUUAGAUAAAAUAUCCUACCACCUUCCUUCAGAUAUUGUGGCUUGUAUUCAAGCCAUACCAUUGUCCAAGCAUACCACUGAGGAUGAUAAGUUUGUUUGGAACUCAUCUGCUAACGGCACUUUCUCUAUGAAUUCUGCUUACAAUAUUACAAAAGGCUUGCAUAUAUGCCAAAAAGAUCAGUGGUAUUGGAUCUGGAAGGUUCAUACUCUUCCAAAAAUCCAAUAUUUCUUACGGCUCCUCAUGCAUGGUCGAAUUCAGACCUUUGACACUUUGGCUAAAUGGGGUGUCGUUACUGAUAGCACAUGCCCCAUGUGCCGACUGGCGCCUGAAACCAUCAACCAUCUAUUUAGGGAGUGUCCUUUUUCUAAUUACCUUUGGUCUGCUGUUUCUCCUCGUAAUUGUCCUCUUCUCCAUCAUGUUGCUGAUUUUAAAGAUUGGCUACGAGCUAAUUGUGUUAGUGGUAAUUCUAAUUGUGACGACACAAAUCAUUGGAGCACCUUUUUUACCUUCACUUUAUGGACCAUCUGGUUUACUAGGAACCAAUUUGUCCAUAAUAGCACCCAAAUGAAUAUUCAGCAAAUUAAGAAUGUUAUCCUCAAUAGAGUGCAAGAGUUCCUUAAAUAUAACUCCCCUGAUAUUACUCCUAGAAAGAAGACUGUGAUUCACAUUGGUUGGUCACCGCCACCUCUUGGUUUCUUGAAACUUAACAUUGAUGGUUCUGCCCAAGGGAACCCAGGGAUGGCUGGUGCAGGAGGUAUAUUCAGAGAUCAUAAUGGUUCCUGGAUCUAUGGUUACUCUAGAAGAGUUGGCUUUACCACUAGUCUUGUUGCUGAACUUUGGGCCAUUAGGGACAGUUUAGAUAUUGCUGUUAAUAGAGGAAUUUCCAAACUUAUUUUGGAAAUAGAUUCCAAAGUUGCAGAACUUCUUCUUAAAUCUGCAGACCAUAACUUCCACUCACUUGGUGUGCUUAUUGAUGAUUGCAGGCGUCUCAUGCAAGAGAAUGUCAAUAGAGAAAGCAAGGAUGAUAUGGAUGAUAGAGGGGAGGAGAUAAAGUGUGAAAAUAGACAAGUAGUUGUGAAACCUGCCCCAACAACUGAUGAAAAGGCAGUUGGAGGAGAUUUGACCCCUACUAUCCGCUGGAAAGAUGCAGCCUUAGAGGGGUUUGAAGACUACAAUCAUCUACCACCUUGGCUCACAUUCUUGAAACCAGUUGAUGCUAUUUGCAAUUUCAUCGAUCCAUUCUAUGGUGAAAAAUAUUUUGUUAACAUCCCUAAUAAGCAAUCCAAAACUACCAAGAUGUACUACUCAAGAGAUGGUUGGUGUGUCAUAUUACAAGGAGAACGUUCCAUGUUCCUCUGGAAUCCUUUAUAAGAGAAAAUCAUUCCGCUUCCAAAUUUGUGUCCAAAUUUGCUCCCUGGAUGGAAACGUGUCAUUGGUUGCAGUUUCUCAUCCUCUAGAGAUUGGUUUGUUUUGAUUCGUAAUAAUUUUCAAUUUGAUAU